CAGUUGUCAGGUCUUGUCUUAGGAUAGAACUAACCGCACAAUGUUUACCAAAUAGUGUGUCCGGUGUCUUAAAUAAAUUCACUAUUCUUCUUAAAUAUUCACAUUAUUUUAACUAAGAAAUUGGUAAAAUGCCGAAAGAGCAGUUUCGUGAAGCGGAUGUCAUCAAAAAGAUCUCGCACGUUUCGUUUGGUAUCGAUAGUGCUGAAUUAAUUCAGCAGGAGGCACAUUUGCACGUUGUUGCGAAGAAUUUGUACAACCAAGAUACCAAUCGAACACCAGUAUCCUAUGGAGUGUUGGACCGACGAAUGGGCGUAAGCCAAAAGGACGCUACUUGCGAAACCUGUAAGAAAGGUUUAAACGAUUGUGUUGGGCACUUUGGUUACAUUGAUCUGGCUCUGCCAGUUUUUCAUGUCGGUCAUUUUCGUGCGACUAUUACAAUUCUGCAGUCGAUCUGUAAAAUUUGCUCUCGGGUUAUGCUAAAAGAAGAGGAAAAGAAACAAUUUAGCACUCGACUUACGAAUCCGAAUUUGUCGUAUUUAGCGAAGAAGUCUAUUCACAGUCAAGUGUUAAAAAAAGCAAAGAAAAACACUAAAUGCCCUUGCUGUGGAAGCUUAAACGGUCCAGUUAAAAAAGGUGCUGGUUUGAUGAAAAUUGUUCAUGAACCUUUCAGAGGAAAAAAACCUACAGACCCGCUAGUGACAAACGCAUUGGAUGAAAUGAUGACAGCUAUUGAGGGAAAUCGAGAACUCUCUCAGACGGUUGGACCCUCGUCUUUGAUUAAAGAGCUUAACCCAGUAGAAGUGUUGGAUCUCUUUCGAAAUAUCCCGAAGAGUGAUAUUCCUCUGCUAGGCAUGACUUCGAAGCAAGCCAAUCCGGCAGAUUUGAUUGUUACGCGAGUUUUUGUUCCUCCGGUUUGUAUUCGUCCUUCAGUGGUGUCUGAGGUAAAGGCUGGUACAACCGAGGACGAUUUAACUAUGAAACAAAGCGAGAUUCUUUUGAUCAGCGAUGUAAUAGCAAAGCACAUGAUGUCGGGUGGUAAAAUUGAACUUAUUCAAGAAGACUGGGACUAUUUGCAGUUACAUUGUGCGUUGUAUUUCAACAGUGAACUGUCGGGCAUUCCUUUGUCACUGAUGCCCAAAAAGCCGACUCGAGGAAUUGUUCAACGAUUAAAGGGAAAGCAAGGUCGUUUUCGAGGCAAUCUAUCCGGUAAACGUGUAGAUUUCUCGGCCCGUACUGUGAUUUCGCCCGAUCCUAAUUUGAUGAUCCAUCAGGUGGGAGUUCCAGAUCGUGUUGCUAAGAUUCUAACUUUUCCAGAGCGUGUGAAUACCGCCAACAUCAAUAAAAUGCGCCAGCUAAUCAAAAAUGGAACAGAAAAACAUCCCGGUGCUAACUAUGUCCAACAGAAAGGCAGUGCUUUCAAGAAGUAUCUCGCAUAUGGCAACCGUGACAAAGUUGCUCAGGAUUUAAAAUGUGGCGACAUUGUGGAACGGCAUUUGAUGGAUGAUGACGUCGUGCUGUUUAAUCGACAACCAAGUUUGCAUAAGCUCAGUAUUAUGUGUCACGUGGCAAAAGUUCAACCUCAACGUACUUUUCGAUUCAACGAGUGCGCCUGCACUCCCUACAAUGCUGAUUUCGAUGGAGACGAAAUGAAUCUGCAUUUGCCUCAAACGGAGGAGGCACGAGCCGAAGCCUUAGUGCUUAUGGGAAACAAAUCUAAUUUAGUAACUCCGCGUAAUGGUGAAUUAUUGAUUGCGGCUACACAAGAUUUCAUAACUGGUGGUUAUUUACUCACGCAAAAAGAUCAGUUCCUCACUCGUGAACAAGUAAUGCAAUUGGCAGCUUGUAUGCUAUCGGGUCCGGAUGCAAAUAUGGAAAUUGAUUUACCAAAACCUGCAAUCAUCAAACCGCGCAAAAUGUGGACCGGAAAACAGAUUUUUAGUUUAAUCCUUAAACCGAACAGACAGUGUAUAGUGAAUGCUAACCUUUCCACGAAAGGGCGCAACUAUACCAGCGGCAAAGAUAUGUGCAUUAAGGACUCCUGGGUGGUUGUUCGCAAUUCUGAGCUAAUGUGCGGAGCAAUGGACAAAGGCACCAUGGGUUCGGGAACAAAAAAUUGCAUUUUCUAUGUACUGCUGCGUGAUUUCGGUGAAGAAUUUGCCAUUCGAUCAAUGUGGCGAUUGGCACGAAUGGCUUCCUACUUCAUGAUGAAUCAUGGUUUUUCCUUCGGCAUUGGCGACGUUACACCUAGUCGGAAGCUGUUGGAGCAAAAACAGCACCUCUUAGAAAACGGUUACAAACGAUGCGAUGAGUACAUUGCUGAAAUGAAGAAAGGUACGCUCCAGUGUCAACCUGGUUGUACGGCGGAGCAAACAUUGGAAGCGAUGAUGCUUAAGGAGCUUUCCAGUAUUCGAGAACUAGCGGCUAAGGCCUGUUUCCGCGAGCUGCAUCCAACCAACAGUGCACUAAUUAUGGCUCAAUCCGGGUCAAAGGGUUCCAAUAUUAACAUCUCCCAGAUGAUUGCGUGCGUAGGUCAACAGGCUAUCAAUGGAAAACGAGUGCCGAACGGAUUCGAAGAUCGAGCGUUGCCACAUUUCGAAAAGUUUUCAAAAAUACCGGCAGCUCGCGGUUUCGUGCAAAACAGCUUCUAUUCAGGUCUUACACCAACAGAGUUUUUCUUCCAUACAAUGGCCGGUCGCGAAGGUUUGGUCGAUACGGCGGUCAAGACAGCUGAAACAGGAUACCUGCAGCGUCGGUUGGUCAAAUGUUUAGAAGAUCUAGUUGUUCAAUAUGACGGCACUGUACGUAAUGCAAUAGGCGAGGUUGUGGAGUUCACCUACGGUGGUGACGGACUGGAUCCGGUGUUUAUGGAGGUCAAGAAUAAGCCAGUUGAUAUUGAGCGUCAGUUCAUGCACGCACGAAGCGUAUUUCCUUGCCGGGAUGAGAUCCCUUUGAAGGGAGAAGAAAUACUUCCUGCUGGUGAGAAAAUUCUUGGAAAGCCAGAAUUUGAUGGUUGUCGGGCUGAUUUUCGGAAAGAAAGUUUGGAAUUUUUGAAUAAAUUUGGUCUUCGAUUAUCGGAAAUCCAAGGACGAUACAGCGACCAUUCCAAGGUGGCCACGGAGGUAGAAAGAACAACAGUAGGUCAGCUGGAAAUGUUCCUUAAGCAAGUGCGAAACAAAUAUAAUAAAGCCAUCACCGAACCUGGCACCGCUGUUGGAGCGCUGGCCGCUCAAAGUAUCGGUGAACCCGGAACACAGAUGACCCUAAAGACUUUCCACUUCGCCGGUGUUGCUUCGAUGAACAUCACUCAGGGUGUCCCACGUAUCGUGGAAAUUAUUAACGCAACAAAAGCCAUCUCGACGCCAAUUAUUACCGCAGAAAUUGAGGAUAACACAAGUAUGGAGUUUGCCCGAAAAGUAAAAGCGAGAAUAGAAAAAACUACUUUAGGUGAAAUAUCGUCCUACAUUGAGGAAGCGUACAAAUCUGAUGAUUGCUUUUUGUUAAUCAAACUGGAUUUGGAAAGAAUUCGAGUUCUCGGUUUAGAAGUCAAUGCUGAAACAAUACGUUACUCUAUCUGCACCUCUAAACUGAAACUGAAGCAGGAGAACGUUGAAGUGUAUGGGCCUUCAUUAGUAAUCAUUCGACCGGAUCCAGCCAAACACAGUCACGCACUAAACGCAGAAUUGCAACGGUUAUUAACUGCAAUUCCGAAUGUGGUAAUAGCAGGACUGCCUCAGGUUUCGCGUGCUGUUAUUGCCGUAGAUGAUUCACGGGGUGCACCGACUUAUAAGCUGUGCGUCGAAGGGUACGGACUGCGUGAUGUAAUGGCUACCUACGGAGUGCUUGGCAGUAAAACUAAAAGUAAUAAUAUUCUGGAAGUUUAUACAACGCUGGGUAUCGAAGCGGCUCGAACAACAAUAAUGAAUGAAAUCACUGAUGUCAUGGAGGGACACGGCAUGAGCGUGGAUCAUCGACACAUCAUGUUGCUGGCGAGUCAGAUGACAUCGCGAGGUGAGGUGCUUGGUAUCACCCGACACGGUUUAGCUAAGAUGCGUGAAUCGGUGUUCAAUUUGGCUUCGUUUGAGAAAACAGCCGAUCAUUUGUUUGACGCAGCUUAUUACGGACAGACUGAUUCAAUAGAUGGAGUAUCGGAAAGAAUUAUUUUAGGAAUGCCAGCGGCUAUUGGAACAGGUCUUUUCAAAUUGAUUCACUAUCAUAGAGACACUACAUUAGAGGAAGUAGUAGAACCCAUUUUCAACAUGUCUUGACGUAGGUUUUAAACUUUUGCAAGAGAAAUAUUUAUUGUGAACACCAUGUUACAUCUGAAAUAAACAAGACUGUCUUGAAGACAGAUAAAGUGA